AUGAACGAUAACAAAGAUAACAAAACAGCAAUUUGCGAAUAUUCGAAAGCGCACAAUUAUUCUCAUUCAGCAAGAAUGAAGAUGACUAAAAGUGCACCCGGUCAACUUCAAUGUUGUAUCGCCGAUGAAGAUUUUAUAAGAUUCAAGGUUUCCAGUACCACCACAAAGUCAAUUAAUUUGACAAUAAAAAAGAAUAGAACUUUAGCGAACAAUGAUAAUUUGAAUUAUUUAGAGCUUAUUAAGGAAGAGGAAGAAGAUGAAACGAGAAAAUUAGGUGAUGAUGAUGACGACGAUUGGGAGGAUGACAAAAUAGAUGAGGACUAUGAGAAGGCUAUUUGUAAUAUUUGUACAGAAAAAAUAGGAAUAUAUGCAACUUCACAGUGUAAUCAUAGAAUAUGUUAUGUGUGUUGUCUUAGAUCAAGAUUUUUGUUUAAAUCUUUUAAUUGUGCAUAUUGCAGAACAUAUCAGCAUCAAGUUUUUUUCACAAGAAAUCCAAAGAAAUCUUUUAAUUCACAACAUAAGCAAUUGUUUUUUAAGCUACCAAAUCUUGAUAUAUUUUGCGAAGAUAAAUCAAUAUACGAAAAAUCAAUGGAAUUUAUCAGACUCAAAUGUCCAAAGGAUGAUUGUCGUUUUCAAUGUAAUAAUAAUGAAAAUGGAUUAUUUGAACUUUUAAAUCAUGUUAGAAAAGUUCAUAAGUUAACUUUUUGUGAAUUGUGUCUAUUUAGUAGAAACCUUUUUAUCAAGGAACAUAAAUUAUAUACAAAGUAUGAAUUGAAACGACAUUUCCAUGGAGAUAAUUCUAUAGAUUCCAAAAAUUUCAAUUUUAAAGGUCAUCCGGCAUGUAAAUCUUGUAAUAUAAUAUUUUAUGACCAUAUAUUACUUGACGAACAUUAUUCAUUCUGUCGUGAUAGUAAUCACAACAAUCAUGGUGGCAGCAUCCUUGACAGUAGAAGAAGAAAUGAUGAGGGGGAAGAAAAUCAAAACGAAUAG